AUGUCUGGAGACCAGCAGGCGGGACAAGAGGGUUUGCCAACAGCAGAGAAUCUGCUGCCCCAGCGCACAGACUCCAACGUUCUGCCAGGUUUGGGCGACCAGCUGGACAAGGGUAUGAACAUAUACUCUGUGACCCUCAGCGGCCCAGCGCCCUGGGGCUUCAGGCUGCAGGGUGGGAAGGACUUCAGUAUGCCCCUCACCGUGUCAAGGCUGACCCCGGGCGGAAAGGCAGCUCAGGCCGGUGUGGGCGUGGGCGACUGGGUGGUUUCGAUCGGUCAGACCAACGCGGAGGACAUGACCCACGUGGAGGCACAGAACCAGAUCAGAGCGGCAUCGGACUCACUCACCCUCACCCUCAGCAAAGCGUUCAAAGCUGCCGGAGACCACAAGAUGGAAGCUCUUGAGAAAGGUGAACACGGUUACUACGAUGAUAUUUACCAAGUAUCCAAGCACGGGCUCAGAGCAGAGAACGUGCCCUGUUUCAUCCCAAACGACCGCAGCAAGAAGAGGCUGAUCCAGGACACAGAGGACUGGCAGCCUCGCACCGGCACCACCCAGUCCCGCUCCUUCCGAAUCCUGGCCCAGCUAACAGGCACCGACUACAUGCAGGACCCCGAUGAUGAGACCAUGAAGAGGUCCAGGGAAAAGUUCCUCAGUGAGAUCCAGAGUCCUCGCUAUGCCCGUUUGAGAGAUUGGCACCACGACAGCCUCGAGCCAAUUCCCUCACCUGCCAAGGCCCAAGCAGCAAAUAAACCAGAUGGCUCUAAAACUGCAACUGCGGCGGCGGGCAGUGCGGCGCCGUCCUGUCGUCCACCGUGGGUCACCGAUUCAAAGUUUGCCGACCGCUUCCAUCCGGACAAGACCAGCACCGUGGUGACGCAGCAUCAGCAGCCGGUCCAGCCAACGCCCAUGGAGAGCCGCAGCUCCAUCAUGCAGGCAGCGCAGGCGGCCCCCGAGGACAGCGGCAGGACCCCAUUGUGCGGAGCCUGCAACAAGAUCAUCAGGGGUCGUUACCUGGUUGCCCUGGGGCGCUCAUGGCACCCUGAGGAGUUCACCUGUUCGCAGUGUAAAAUCACGCUGGACGAAGGCGGUUUCUUUGAAGAGAGAGGAGCUGUUUACUGCACCAAAUGCCAUGACAACAGAUACGCUCCAAACUGUGCAAAGUGCAAAAAGAGGAUUACAGGAGAGAUUAUGCAUGCGCUGAAGAUGACCUACCACGUCCAGUGUUUUAAUUGUGCAGCCUGCAAGAAUCCCAUUAGAAACCAGGCCUUUUACAUGGAGGAGGGAGAGCCGUACUGCGAGAGAGACUAUGAGAAGAUGUUUGGCACCAAAUGCCACGGCUGUGACUUUAAGAUUGAUGCUGGAGACCGCUUCCUGGAGGCCUUGGGCUACAGCUGGCACGAUACCUGCUUUGUGUGUGCGCUCUGCCAAAUCAACCUGGAGGGGAAGACGUUCUACUCAAAGAAGGAUAAGCCGCUGUGCAAGGGCCACGCUUUCGCUCCCGUGUGA